CGUCGUCCGGCGCGCGUCCGACAUACAACACCGCAGGAAGGAGUCCGGUUUCUCCUCUCUCUCGCUCUCCUUUACAUAUUACCCGCAUCUCUCUCGCACACCACAAUGUCUGGAUUAACGGAUCCCGUGGCAUUCGCCAAGGAUUUCCUGGCCGGCGGUGUCGCAGCGGCGAUCUCCAAGACCACCGUCGCGCCUAUCGAGCGCGUCAAAUUAUUGCUGCAAGUGCAGCACAUCUCCAAGCAGAUCGCCGAGAACCAGCGUUACAAGGGUAUGAUCGAUUGUUUCGUUCGUAUCCCACGUGAACAAGGAUUCCUCAGUUACUGGCGUGGUAAUUUUGCCAAUGUUAUCAGAUAUUUCCCGACGCAAGCUUUGAACUUUGCCUUCAAGGAUAAAUAUAAGCAAGUCUUUCUUGGUGGUGUUGACAAGAACACUCAAUUUAUGCGCUACUUUGUCGGAAAUUUGGCAUCUGGUGGUGCUGCCGGUGCUACAUCUCUGUGCUUUGUCUACCCACUCGACUUUGCCAGAACUAGGUUGGCUGCUGACGUAGGCAAAGGUACUGGACAGCGUGAGUUCACGGGAUUGGGUAACUGUUUGUCGAAGAUCUUCAAGGCCGAUGGUAUCACUGGUCUAUACCGUGGAUUCGGCGUAUCUGUUCAGGGUAUCAUCAUUUAUCGGGCUGCUUAUUUUGGUUUCUAUGACACUGCCCGUGGUAUGCUGCCAGACCCUAAAAAGACUCCGUUCCUUGUCUCAUGGGGUAUUGCCCAGGCUGUAACCACUGUCGCGGGUAUUGUAUCUUAUCCGUUUGAUACGGUACGUAGACGUAUGAUGAUGCAGUCUGGCCGUGCAAAGAGCGACAUUCUGUACAAAAACACUCUUCAUUGCUGGUCCACUAUUUAUAAGUCGGAGGGUGGUAGUGCCUUCUUCAAGGGCGCGUUCUCUAAUGUCCUUCGUGGUACCGGUGGUGCGCUCGUGCUCGUACUGUACGACGAAAUUAAGAACCUCCUUUAAAACGCUAAAGUGAUCCUCGUCUCAUUACUUUCACCGAUCACAGACAUCGUCAUUUUACCUAAAAACCAUCCGAUUUGAUAGCAAAUCCCGGACCGACGGACAAUGAGACUCACUGUCGGUUUUAACGAUCAAGUAAUUCAGGCUGAGGAUGUUCGGUAGCAGCUCGUAAAAUGCAUGAAACUCGGCAGAAAUUGUAAACGUAAAAUGAUAAAAAAAAAGAAAAAAACAUAGAAGAGAAUCUGCUUAAUUUAUUGCCGGAUUCAGUAUUUUCCCGCAGCGGCUGACAGACAUUACGUACUGUAUUUUCUUAUUACACUACAGUUGAAAAAAACGAGAAGGUAGAGAAUUGUCAAGUUUAGGCCAGUUACGAUAACCGGAAAUCAUGUCAUAAUUAAUCCGGUCAUAAUUACCUGAAAACGUUCCAAAAACACGUCAUUGAAUAGGCUGAUCGCGAUAUUAAGUAUCGAAAGUAUAAUUGCCUAGAGAAUCUGAAUGAGCGCGGCGCGCAUGUAAAGUCAGUGAGAGAGGCGGAUGCGCGACGACGUCAGUACGGUGAUGGCGGGGCGCGUAGCCUGGGCCGCCCCCCGCCCUUACUCUCGGCCCGUUGUAGAUAAUUCUUAUUUCGUAAUUAAUAAACUUAUAAUUUCCUGGUGAUAUCAGCCGAUCCAUCAAGCUUCGAUGGACAAUAAUUUAAUUUCGCACUUUCGACGACUAUGUGUAAGAUGAAAAACGUUACUCAGAAUGUAUGCAUCUAAUCUGUUCAUGUUAGGAUGCAUACACACAGGGGAAGCAGCAGAUCAAUAAAAAAUGAUAUAAAAUUUCA